CUUGCUGUGCCCAUUCUCGCAUCUCAGGCAGCCCCGUCCAGCAUGCUCAGACACCUGGUGCUGUUGCUGGCCGUGGGGCUGCUGGCUGGGGAGCUGUUGCCGAGGACCGAGGCCCGGGCAACACCCUACGGAGUGAAACUUUGCGGCCGUGAAUUCAUCCGGGCAGUCAUCUUCACCUGUGGGGGCUCCCGGUGGAGACGUGCCCGUGACGCUGUGGAAGAUGCCUUUCCAGAGGUGGACACCGACUCGGAGAGUGAGCUGGAUGAGGCAGUGGCCUUCAGCGAGUGGCUGGCCCUGACCAAGUCCCCUCAGGCCUUCUUCGGGGCCGGACAGGGCUGGCAGGGAACCUCAGGGUCUCUGCGGAGCAGACGCGACGUCCUAGCUGGCCUGUCCAGCAACUGCUGCAAGCGGGGGUGCAGCAAGAGUGAAAUCGGCAGACUCUGCUAGAAGCGGAACUGGGCAGCAGGGGAGCCCCGGGGUGAAUGCCCCAGCCCUGCCAUCCACCUGGCUGGUGUCUGGCUGGGCACUUGUUUCUGGUCCCUCACGCAUUCAUUCAUCAGCAAGUCACGGAGGUCCGGCACUGUGGGCUCAAAGUCCCCCCCACCCAACCCCGAUCUUUGAGCAGUCCAUCCCACCCAUGAGCAAGCUAUGCCCCAACCUGGCCAAAUGGGGACCCUGACGUCUGAGCAGCCCAUAUGAUGCCUUUCUUGGCCUAUUCUGUCUCCUACUGUCCCUACUUACCCAAACUGGCCACACCCAGACCCUUGCCCAAGCUGUGACUCUCUUUUGUCCCAUCUGUGGCCAUUCGCCAGCCCAAAUUACACCCCCACUCCAUUCCAGCCUUCCUGCCUGCCAGCCCCUCUGCCUGCCAGCCCUUCUCCCUCCAACCCCGCCCGCUGGGGGUGGGGGGCGGUUCUAAAGCUGUAGACCCCAGGGUUGGUGGAGGGACUCCUGGGUUUUCUUCAUAUCCUGGGGUGGGAAGCUCAGUGUGUGUGUGUGGUGGGAACGGAU